AUGGCCGGCACCGAAGGCGCGGUCAACACGCGCAACAUCAGCACUACGCCCGGGCUGAAGAAGAUCAAGCCGUACUGGUACCCGUUCUGCACGAUGGCGAAGGAGAGGUGGAUCGGGCGCGAGAUUUUGGAGGUCGUGUCGACGGAAUUCAGGGAUAGGAGCAUGGAGUUUUAUAGGUACGCCCUCGAGAGCGGCGUCACGACUAUCAACGGCAAGGUGGCGCGCCCGGACACCAUCAUACGGAACGGCGAUCGCAUAGAGAACGUUGUGCAUCGGCACGAGCCCCCCGUCACCUCCACGCCCGUCCGCGUGCUCUUACACGACACCGAGCGCGGCUUCAUCGUCGUCAACAAGCCUGGCAGCAUCCCCGUGCACGCGGCGGGUAGAUACAACCGCAACUCGCUCAUCCACAUCCUCAUGCACGAGAUGGGUUUCAAGAAGGUCUAUACGGUGAACAGACUAGACCGGUUGACCUCUGGGCUCAUGAUCAUCCCAUUGAACGCGGACUUGGCACGCAGUCUCACGAAGGAGUUCAUCGAGGGCAGCGUGCGCAAGGAAUACGUCGCGCGGGUGAAGGGCAAAUUCCCAGACGGAGAAGUCAUCUGCGAGGAGCCGCUACUCACGGUCGAUCGUCAAAUGGGCCUCAACAUCGUCCACCCCGAAGGACGACCUGCAAAAACUGUGUUCAACAAAAUACGCUACGACCCGCACACGAAUAGCAGCGUGAUACAUUCCCACCAACUCCGCGUCCACCUCCAAUACCUCGGCUACCCCAUCGCCAACGACCCGGUCUACUCCUCCGAGAAGGUCUGGGGCAGGAAGCUCGGCGAGGGCGGGAUCGACACGACGCCGAGCGACGAGCGCGCGGCGCCCGCGCCGCCGGAGCAUCUCAAGGCGUUCACGGAGAGUAUCGGGAGUCCGGAGAGCUUGGCGGGCGCGCCUGGGGGCGAGAAAGCGCAUGGGCCGGCGACGUUCCCCGACACGAUGAGCGCCGCGCGCGCCGAAGAGCACGCCGCCGCGUCCGAAGGGCACCCGGGCGCGGGCGCAGAGGCCGCGCGCAAGCUCCUCCCCCGCGAGACCGGCGAGGACAUCGGGAUGGGCUCGCCCGUGCCGUUGUCGCGCGAGGCGAUCGCAGUGAUCACGAACCUGCGGAACAUGAAGGACGAGGACGAGGACUGGGGCCGCUGGCGCGACGUCGUGUUUCGUGCGAAGGGGAAGCUGGUGCCGGGCUAUGUGCCGGAGUUGGACCAGAAGCCGCCGCCGCAUCGGAAGGAGAGAGGGGGGAAGAAGAAGAACAAGCAAGCACCGGCACCGCCUGCGCCGGAUGGAACGAGCCUAGCAAAAGCGGAGUCUACAGCGGCGGCAGCGUCGACAAGCACGGGCCACGCAAACAUGCCAGACACAGCAGGCGCCCAUGCCGAGGCUGUCGGCGCGCCUGCUACCGUUCAGCCCACUACCCAUUUAGCCGACUCUCACACGCAGGAGCCUACGCCCGAAUCUUCCGAACCCCCACUCCCCGCGGACCAGCUCUCCACGACCGACGUGACCGCCAUCAACCCUCCCCUCGCUCCGGGCGCCAAAGUCAUGCUCGACGACUCGCUCUAUUGCGCCGAGUGCUACCUGCCCCUGCACCCCGACCCGAAGCCGGAGGCGCUCUACAUAUUCCUGCACGCGCUGCGCUACACGACGAGCCUCGGGACGUUCGAGACGGAGAUGCCCGAGUGGGCGGCGGAGGACUUUGAGUGGGAUCAAAAGGCGGUGGGGUCGGUGGUUUAG